GAAAAAGUAUUCACUUUCUGUUAUUCGUGUUGUAAUUUCAAGGCCUGCUCCUCUGCUGAAGAACGCCCAGUUAUCUGACUCCAAAGUCCGAGAGCUGUACCUGCAAAUCAUCCAGUACAUGAGAAGAAUGUACCAAGAUGCCAGACUUGUUCACGCAGAUCUCAGCGAAUUUAAUAUGCUGUACCACGGCGGGGACGUGUACAUCAUCGAUGUCUCUCAGGCCGUGGAGCAUGACCACCCGCACGCACUGGAGUUCCUGCGCAAGGACUGUGCCAACGUUAAUGACUUUUUCCAGAAGCACAAUGUUGCAGUGAUGACUGUGAGGGAGCUGUUUGAGUUUAUUACUGAUCCUUCUAUCACAAGUGAGAACAUUGAUGACUAUCUGUCUAAGGCAAUGGAAAUAGCAUCGAAAAGAACAGAGGAGGAAAGAUCCAGUCAAGAUAAAGUGGAUGAGGAAGUGUUUAAGAAGGCUUACAUACCUCGAACUUUGACUGAAGUCAAAAACUACGAGAGAGAUGUGGAUAUAAUGAUGAAAUUGAAAGAAGAGGAUAUGGCAUUGAAUAUUCAGCAAGAUAACAUUCUCUACCAGACUGUGACAGGACUGAAGAAGGAUUUGUCUGGUGUUCAGAAGAUUCCUGCACUUCUUGAAAAGAAGUCAGACGAGUCAGAAACAGAUUAUGAUGAUGAUGAUGAUGGUGACUCAGAGGACUCUGAUUCGGGCUGUAAAGAGUCUGUACAUCCCAAAGAUAAACCUGCUGAAGUUAGCAUGGACAAAAAGGAAAGGAAAAAGAUGGUUAAAGAAGCCCAAAGAGAGAAAAGAAAAAACAAAAUCCCAAAGCAUGUGAAGAAGCGGAAGGAAAAGACUGCAAAAAUGAAGAAAGGCAAAUAA